UGAGUCUCCCUCCUCCUCCUCCUCCUCCUCCUCCUCCUCUCCUCUCCUCUCCUCCCCCACACGCACCAGCACCACCCAGUCGCGGUCAGCUCCCGGCCUAGCUAGCUAGGUGGCGCGUCCCGCCUUCUUUCCUCUCCAACCAAUCCUCGCCGCGGCCGCCCCGGCCCGCCGCUCGCCUUCGUUUACCCCGUCCGUCCGGUCCAGACCUUCAGCGCGCGCGCGCGCGCGCUCGCUCGCGGCAUGGACGCCACGUCGUCGUCCUCGUCGUCGCCGCCGCCGCCGCCGCGGCCUGGCGCCAAGACGAAGGAGCUGGACGCGGCGCUCCACGCCAUCGGGUUCGAGAUCGAGGAGGUCUCCCCCGCGGAGGUCACCGGCCGCCUCCUCGUCACGCCCACCUGCUGCCAGCCGUUCAAGGUGCUGCACGGCGGCGUGUCGGCGCUGAUAGCGGAGGGCCUCGCCAGCAUGGGGGCGCACAUGGCGUCCGGGUACAGCCGCGUCGCCGGCGUGCAGCUCAGCAUCAACCACUUCCGCAGCGCCGCCCUCGGCGACACCGUCCUCGUCCGCGCCGCCCCCGUCCACGUCGGCCGCACCACCCAGGUGUGGGAGGUGAAGCUGUGGAAGGUGGAUCCAGCCACCAAGGAGAGGGGGGCUCAGAUUUCGGAGUCCAGAGUGACUCUCCUGUGUAAUCUGCCGGUGCCGGAGAGCGUCAAAGAUGCAGGAGAGGCGCUCAAGAAAUACUCCAAACUGUAAAAAAAAGAAAGAGAAGAAGAAGAAAAACUCAUCAGAAGAACAGGAGAACUCCAAUUUCAGUCAUGAAAUUUAAGGAUUUGAAGUCUCGUUUUGUAAUAAUGUGUAUGUAUGUGUCAGAGGAAUUGGGAUGUUUGGUUAAUUUGGGACAUUGUUGUAUUACUCUCCAAAAUGCCCAAAUCUAGUCACGGCCAAAAUGAGUGUGUAAAAAAAAAAGAAAGGUAAAUGGCGUGGUGUUUGGAUCGCAAUUCAUCUGCCUGUGCAUAUAUAUAUUCAUGUGAUGAUUCACAUCAUUACAAAUUA